CUCGAUAGACGGUGGUGCCUGUGUUGCCAUGGUUGGCAAGGACUGUGUCGCCAUCGCCUGCGAUCUCCGCCUCGGUCUCCAAGCUCUGACUGUCUCCAACAACUUCCCCAAGAUCUUCAACUACGGCGACGUAUACCUCGGUCUGACUGGUCUCGCCACCGAUGUCCAGACUGUCAGCGAGCUGUUCCGCUACAAGGUCAACAUGUACCGCCUGCGCGAGGAGCGCCAGAUCUCGCCUCAGACCAUGGCCAACUUGGUAUCAUCUUCCCUAUACGAGAAGCGCUUUGGCCCAUACUUUAUCAGUCCCGUCAUUGCCGGCAUCAACCACACUACCGGAAAGCCCUUCAUCUGCGGCUUCGACAGCAUCGGCUGUAUCGACUUUGCGAAGGAUUUCAUCGUUAGCGGAACUGCCAGCGACCAGCUUUUCGGUACUUGCGAGGGCUUGUGGGAACCCGAUNNCUUGUAUGACCUGUUAUCAAUAUGCCUCUACAACAAUUCUGGCCCUGAGGACCUCUUCGAAACAAUCUCACAAGCUCUGCUCAACGCCGUAGACCGCGACGCUCUUUCGGGUUGGGGAGCACACGUCUACAUCAUCGAGAAGGACAAGGUCACCAAGAGACUGCUCAAGGGCAGACAGGAU